UGGCUGGUCGCGUAAUUAUCAUAAUUAUUAACAUUACAUAUAUAUGUAUAUGUAGAUAUUUAUUUAUCUAGAAAAGUGGUCUUACAUAAUUUAUAAAUAUUACAAAAUAUUAAAUAUAUAAAAAUUAUUGAAUUUAUUUACUGUAUUAGUCGAUAAUUUAAACGAUUUUUAAACGUGGAUUCAUAACCAAUAUGAUGCCGGUUUUAAAUACUCACACGUUUUAUUAUCAGUGACUUUUACUUGUGACUCGUAAUAAUUAUACGUAAUUAUAUCUUAAAAAAAUGUGAAGAAAUAAGUUGAUAAAUAGUUAACUGACUAAUUAAAAAUAAUUAAUGAUAAUUAAGUAUGAUUUUUUUUUUUAAGUGAACAUUUUUUGAAAAUUAGCUGGUUGAAAGGACGAAAAGUUUAAAAAUAUAUUUGAAGGUGAUAAUUAUAUUUAAUGAGACCUUGAAAAAAAAAAAAUCCAAAAAUAAAGGACUUAAAAAAAAAUUACCAUGGGUCAAUAUUGGCUUAAUGUCGCGAUUCUAAGAAUCGUCAUACCUGGAACAUUUACAGCAUGUACAAUAUGGCGGCCAACAGCACUAUCGCUGAUCUACUUGAUUAUGAUGUUAAUAUCACCAUUUAUUCCAAUACCAACUUCCGAAUCGAUGAAAAAAGCAACCGGGCAUUACUUGAAAUCAUGCAUAGCUCUGACAUUUAUAACCGGCAUCAUACAAUUUAUUUUCCAAAUAAUUCUCUUAUCAGUGCCAUCGAUUUGGGAAAAGUUAACAGAAAACUGCAGCUUCCUGGAAGAACUAUUCCGACAUAUUGGUCUAGUUCACAUGGACAGGGCAACAGUAUUCGAAGUAUUUUACUGGUUACUUCCGGAAAUAGUUACAUUACCAAUAAUGAUAACUCUGUACUGUCUGUGCCGGAGAUUCACAUCAGAAAGUUAUCAGCAAGACCCCGAAAAUUCGUCAAUUCAAGACCAACAUUUGCAAUCAUCGUUAACUAAAUUUGCCGAAGAACGCAAUACUAAAAUAAUAAACUUCCUCGGAAGAAUAGGAACUUACAUAGUUCUGGCAUCUCUGUGUUACACUGCAACCUUAUCACCUUCUGUCGAAGGAGGAUUUUACUUCCUAGUUUUCUUAGGAGCCGCAACCUGGUGGGCAUGCAAUCGGGAACUUGUACGAAACUUUGCGAUAGUAUGCAGAAUUGUGAUGGUCGUCGUGGUAUGUCACAUAGUUGUCUUGAUGUCUUAUCAAAAUCAAUGGCCGCAAGAAUACAUUCCAGUUGACAGUCGUUGGUCACGGUAUUUCUCACUUGAAGCUUAUUAUAGAAAUAAUUGUACUGAUCCAAGACACACGAUAUUUACUCGAGAGAAUGAAGAAUGGAUUCAAAAUGGAUACGCAUAUGCUCUGAGACUUUUUUGGCUCUACUACAUUCUUGCUCUUCAAUCACAAUUUCUCUUUAAAGCUCCGACAUCUACUACAAAUACUACAACUCAACCAGAUGAAAGAACGCCCAAUAAUAAUGCGCAUAGUGCUACAAACAUUACUGAUACGUUGAUGCGCUUUGGAUCUGGGCGAGCUGGACUUUUACAAGAUUCAACAGGAAGUGUAAUAGUCCAAGAUGGACAUAAUGAUGAUAAUAUACAAAUGCAGUCUAUUGUUGAAGACACACAGGAAGAUCAUCCCGGGCCAAUCGAACAAAUUAUAAUGGCCAUUUAUUCAAUCCUACAAUUGUUCGUCCACUCAUCUUACUUAGCAACAAACAUCUUAAUGAUGACUUGGUCCAUCAUGUACCACAGCUGGACUACAUUCGUCUUUCUCUUAUGGGCUCUGAUAAUAUGGAUGGCGCCGAGCAAGCGCUCAGCAAUGAUGAAAUGCUCGCCGUUUGUCGUCAUGUACGGAACAAUACUUCUCCUAGUUUGUUAUGUUUACAGCAUGAAUUUAACGACCGAUGAGUUACCGGGUACGAUUGUUGGUGUUCCGAUGUACGAAGUCGGUUUUCCGAACCCAACAGAAUUAAAGAGCUGGCACUUGAUGGUGAAAUGUGGAUUCAUGGUAAUGUUCUGGAUAACAAUGCGCCAAUAUAUGUCCGAACGGCAUCAAGCCCGACAGACAUCAGCGCUCAGAGACAUGAUAGCUCCGCUUCGCGUUUCGUUAUCAGCAGCCACCGCGAUGCAUCACCAGACACCUGAAAUAAAAAGUAAAUUUAUGAAAGACGUCGGCACUGUUGUCAAAAAAUUACUAACGAAAUUCUGGAUUGUCGUCGUCGCGAUAAUGCUUUUCACCAGCGGAAUAACCGGGGAACGAAUGACACUCUUUCGUAUUAUGUACAUGUCACUAUUUCUCUUCUUCGUAAUAUCGUUUCAAAUUUCGUGGGUCGCGUGGAGAAAAAUGAUGUACGGAUUCUGGAUAACUGUCAUCGCAUACUCAGUUAUCAUGUUGAUUCUCGUAUACACAUAUCAAUUUCGCGACUUCAUUAAAUACUGGGAACAUCUGGGUAUCAAUGAACGGUUGCAAAAUGACAUUGGACUUGAAGUCUACAAAACAAAGGACUUAUUUGUCCGUCUGCUGACACCGACGUUCUUUGUGAUAAUAACCGUAAUCCAAAUCCAUUAUUUUCAUGAAAAUUUUCUCGAAGCAACGGACAUCGAAAAGGUCCAGGUGCUGCCAGAAUCACAGCGCAACAAUUCGGAUGCUUCAACAUUACCACCGACGUCAACUCUGGAUGUUCUCUUGGGCCCGGAUCAAGAAUCAUCAACAAUAUUCACACUCAGACAGUUAAAACACAUGUCGAAGUUAGAAAGAGCUGCAUUUUUACGUCGUACUAUUAAGCAGCUCAUUGAUUUUUACAAUUACAUCUGGCUGAUUCUGGAAAUUCAUAUCCAAAAAAUAAUAUUUACAUCUUUGAUAAUACUCUGCAUUAAUGACGUGUGCGCAAUUAAUUUAAUUUUCGUCACAGCGAUUGUCAUUAUCAUUAAUUUCAAACGUCCAAUUCAAAUAAUGGGCAUCAAUAGUAUGUCUGUAGCAAUUGCCUUGUUGAUGGUAACAAAAAUGCUCUACCAGAUCCAGUAUAUCGACCCCACAAAUUUCAACGUCAAUUGCACCCGAGAAAAUCCAGACGGUAACCAAACACUCAAGACUUAUAAUAUCGCCGAGUGGAUUGGAUUGAAAAAAGCUUCUGCUGCAUGGGAUACUUCUGAGGUCAAUGCAAACAAAGUACCAGUUAACGAUAAACCUUCUGAGCAAGAAAUGCUUGCGUAUUUACUCAAAGGUUACAUUGCUAUCGUUCUUGUGACAACACUCCGAGCAAUUAUUACCGUGCGUCAAAUUUUCUAUCGCCAUGGACGCGGAGAGUCACCAGAAACACCGGAAGUAAUGUUUCCGAAAGUAAAAAGAGCUGACGCGGACAGAGGAAUCGCAGAGUGUCUUAAAUUUCUCCUGAACUACGGGUUCUAUAAAUUCGGAGUCGAAUUUUGUUUGAUCGGUCUCGUGAUACUGAUCGGCACACGUUUAGAUUUUUACUCAGUCGUCUAUGGGGUCUGGUUAUUAAUUUUAUUCGCCCAAUCGCGGCGCAGGACAGCCAGAAUUUGGCCACUCUUCAGAAUAUUCGCAAUCAUUUUGCUGCCACUGCAGUAUUUUUUCGUGGUAGCGCCGCCAACGUGGCUGUGCAUCAACUACCCCUGGGUUAAUAUUUACCGAAGGCUUCAAGAGUGGAUGUACCUUCCGGACCCGGACAACUCACCGAAUCCCAGGAAACUGAUAUGCGAUUUCUUCCUACUUUAUAUGAUAAUUCGACAGAGCUUGGUGUUCAACACCGAAGCUAAUUGUGUUGCCAACAACAUUGACCACCCAGCUGGACACAAUUACUCAGUCUUCCGAGAUAUGGACAAGCCGAACUUUGUCAAUCCAGUUAAAGAUUACGUGUCGCACAUCCACAGCUGGCUGGAUGUCAUAAAGAGAGGAGUGAUGAUGAGUUUCAUGUGGAUCACGCUGUCGAUGAUGUUCCUCGCUGGCACCAACAGAACAAAUCUCUUCUCGCUUGGUUACUUAAUAGGGGCAUUUAUUUUUCUAUGGCAAGGAAGUGACUUUUAUUUGCGACCACUGAGAGUAAUUCUCAGGUGGUGGAAUCUUUUGAUUGGCUACAAUGUUGUCGCUAUUUUUUUGAAAGUCCUGUUCCAAGGGUUCGGCUGCAUACUUAUGACACAGUUCCAAGAAUCCGCAUGCUGGUUAGUUCAACUGCUGGGAAUAUCCUGCUAUCAGUAUAAAAAUUCUCAGUAUAAAAUAGACACGACUGAUGACUUGAAAUGCCCGAUGCCGAGAGAUGACAGCGGUCUGAUAUGGGAUGGAUUCUGCUUCGCGUUUCUUAUAAUACAGAAACGUUUGUUUAAAAGUUAUUACUUCUUCCAUAUCGUUGAUGAAACCAAAGCGAUGAGUAUCCUCGCGUCCCGCGGAGCUGAGCUGCUUGAAAAUCUUCAUCGUAAACGUAUCGAAUUUCAAGAGAGUGUGGAAAAUGCUAUUCUGCAGAAUAUUAAAUUGAAAAUGGAUAAAAUAAAAGCUGACCAACAAAAAAUCCGGGGUCCGAGUUACGAACCAGGGCAUCAUAAAGUUGAUUCGCUCUAUCCGAGAGAUCGGCCAUUGUACAGACAUCGUGCUCCAAAAACUAAUCGAGAGGCUAUGAGAUCUGGAGAUUACUACAUGUUUGACGACGUGGAUGAUGAAGAUGUUACUGAAGCUUUACCGGAUUCAGAAAUGGAAAUAGAUGAAGAAGAACAACGACAGCAACAGCGACAUAAAGGUCGUAGAAUGACCGUAUCAGAGCUGAUGUCGACGCUGUUUAAGACAGACAUAGAGAUCGCGACCCAUGUUGCCAUGUACGGAGGAACACCCAAGGAUGCACUGAGAUUGAGACGUCAAAGUAUGCCGCUAUCCCGCAAGAAAUCAUCCAUGUCCUAUCUAAGCGCACGUUCAGAAACAGAGACUGCCGCGACAACCGAUGAAGUGGAUCGUUCGAGUGAUACAUCAGCGAGACGACAAACACAAAAAAGUAAAAAAGAUGAUACACGUAAAAGUCCAUCGGACUCGGAAGAAAUUGUUGAUGAAAAGGACAGCAGUGAUGCUUCUCAAGAAGAUGAUCCUGCUAAGAAGAAAGUUUCUUUCUUCACUUACUUUAAAUUUAUGUUUGAACUUAUCAAUAGUUUUAUAAUAUCCGCUACGAGAUAUUUGAAUAGAUUCUCAAGAGACUACCGAUACAUUCGUAAAGUUUUGAGUAAAGAAAAAUUAAUUUUAAAGUCGAAACCUGAUUUCCGAAUGGGUAUGAGAUUGGGUAUCAAUCAAAUAUGGCAGCCAAUACCUUUAAUGAAAGAAAGAUCAGAGACGGAAGCGAGUUCACGAGAAACGAUUGCUAUUGAGGACCAGGAUCAACUAGAAACAAAAAGCGAAAGGAAGGAGAGCUUGCUGACUGUGCCACACAUCCGAAUCCUGGCGCCGAGUUUGGAGCGAGGAUUGGACGUGUCCUCCUCCAGUUCAAUGCUGACGCGAACGCAGCCAAUAUCCCAAGCAGAAGACGACGAACCGGAACUGUCAGAAGUGGACCAACCAACAAUCAUUCAAUUACUAGCUUCCAUAUGGUUUGGAAUUCUCGCUCACUCAACAUUCAUGUGCUACUUCAUAAUAUUUUUGCAUCAAAUAAAAAACGCAUCAGUUCUGUCGACUCCUUUGCCGCUGAUGGUCUUUUUCUGGGGCUCCCUGACGAUUCCGCGUCCGUCUAAAACAUUUUGGGUGACAGUAAUCGCUUACACGGAAGCUAUUGUCAUCAUAAAAUGUAUCUUCCAGUGGGACUUGAUCAUCUGGAACCAGGAUGUGCCGUCGCGAAAUCCCUUGGCAACAACAGCAAUAAUCGGAGUCGAACGCAAACCAAAUUACGCGCUCUGGGAUUUGCUGCUUCUCCUUAUGGUAUUUUUCCACCGGUUUAUGUUGAAGUCUCUGGGCCAGUGGACAACUCCAUACGCAACCAGAAAAAUAAUCCCUUCGAAAUUAGUAAUUGGACCAGAACGUUCGUCACCCGUUAGCGGUACCAGUCAAUCUGGAUCAGCUCGCCUUCAAUGGCAAAAUGAAGACCAGUCUCAUUCGAACCAAGACUUGUCUGUAUCAACAUCAAAAGAUCCACCAAAAGUUGCCGGUACCUCAGACGAGGCCUCGGACUAUCACAAUACAGACAGCGACGACGAGCGUUUGGUUGAAAUGAGAAACGAAGAGACGAAUGUAUGCGACGCAAAUCUUUCAACAGCAAUCAGUAUGACAUUUAAAAAAUAUCUCGAGCCAUCGAAAAAUUUUUUCGCCAACAUUUUGAAUCCCGAGGGCAAAGAAAAAUCAAACGUCUACGCCUACAUGUUUCUAUGCGACUUUUUCAACUUUCUAUUAAUAAUAUUUAGAUUUUCUUCGUUCGGUACUCAGCAGGGUGACGGUGGUGUCACUGCUUACCUCCAAGAAAAUCGCGUGCCAAUGCCAUUUCUCAUAAUGAUGCUCAUACAAUUCGCUCUGAUUGUCAUCGACCGCGCGCUUUAUCUGCGAAAAUCAAUCCUAGGAAAAUUAAUUUUCCAAUACUGUCUAGUUGUCGGUAUCCAUAUCUGGAUGUUCUUCAUUUUGCCCGGAAUAUCAGGCCGCGCAUUCAAUGAUAAUUUACCCCCACAAAUUUGGUACAUGAUGAAAUGUUUCUAUUUAUUACUCGCGGCCUAUCAACUACGACUCGGGUAUCCAACUCGCAUACUCGGCAAUUUCCUGUGCAAAAAAUACAGCAUAAUAAAUUACUGUCUAUUCAAAGGGUUCAUGUUCGUGCCAUUUUUAUUUGAAUUGCGCGCCGUGAUGGACUGGAUCUGGACCGACACAUCAAUGACCGUGAUGGACUGGUUCAAAAUGGAAGACAUAUUCGCCAGUAUAUACCAGAUAAAAUGCAUGCGCGGACUGGAAGCUGAUUUUCCCCAAGCACGUGGUGAGAAGAAAAAACAACUGAGCAAAUAUUUAGUCGGCGGCGGAUUACUUUUGCUGAUUAUCGGACUUAUUUGGUUCCCAUUGCUGCUGUUUGCUCUCAGCGGCACUGUCGGGAUGUCAAAUAUACCAUCAGAAGUAUCUCUGAGAAUUCAAAUCGGUUCACACGAGCCGAUUUACACAGCGGCAGCACAAGACGCAUCGAUAUUUCCUUACACCGACGAAGAAUUUAAAUCUCUAAGAGGAAUUUAUACUUCCGACAGACCUGCGCUUACUUUCCUUUACAAUUAUGGGUCCAGUGACGUAGCGACUGUCAAAUUAAGUAAAUCAACUCAAAGAAUAUGGGGCAUUACCCCACUGGAGAAGGAGCAAUUGAAAAAUGAAUUGAAGUCAAAUAUAACAAUGAGUAUCCACGUCGAAUGGACGGUAUCGAGAAAGACAGACGUAAAAGAUUUUUCCGGUGUUUCAACGACAUCGAAUGUUAUUCCACUACCGGCAUACGUCGACGGUGAAUUUAAUCAAUUGAGAACAAAUCUGUCGAUAUUACUAUCGUCUGAUAAUGAUAAUCCUAAUGUGACUUUAUCAGUGCCGAGCGUAUUUCCAAAAUUUUUGAAAGUUACAAGCCGGAAUACGAGCGUAGUUGAACAACUGCUGCACAUUCCAUCGCAAAAUUAUUUGCAAGAUGAUGAAGUUGAAUAUGGGGUCAAUAAUAUGUACCGGAAUGUCACAUUGCAGUUAGUAUCUGAGGUUGGCCAGCAAUGGUGGAUGGUCCAGGAACAGUGCAAUGAUGAUUUGUACAAUAAGAUACUGAAAAAUGUCCCGCUUAAUGACUGCAGCAACAAUAUUGUCAUGUUUUUGUUCAACGAAAAAGCAUUUCCUGAAGGGUUGAGUUUCUUCAGCGGCAUGGGCAUUCUUGGUCUGUACACCACUGCUGUAAUUGUCGUCAGCCAAAUAAUGAGACGAGUUGUCAGUGACAUGGCACCAAAAAUAAUGUUCGACGACAUGCCGUAUGUUGACAGAAUAUUGAAGUUAUGUUUGGACAUUUAUUUGGUACGCGAGAGCAAAGAGCUGAGUUUAGAGGAAGACUUGUUUGCUAAACUCAUAUUCUUGUAUCGGUCGCCGGAGACACUGAUCAGGUGGACGAGACCACCUGAGGAUAAUGGUGACGAUGACGUCGACAAUGGAAACGGGUUCAAUGAACCGGAUGAUGAUGAUGAUGUUAGAGUGAGGAGGAGAAAUAAUGAAGGACAGAGUGAGGCGUAGGUUAAUUAACUUUUAAUUUAUUUAGAAGGCAGCGCGAUAUUUUUUUUUUUAAAUAUACUAAGUUCUUGAGAGUAAAUAAUUAAAUAGAAUAAGUUUUACGAAUUUAAUUAAUAGGUCAGUUUGAGAUUCUAAGACUCUGAUGCAUUUUUUUAUACGUGGCCAAAGAAAUAUGAAAUGACAAUUGACUAUUUUUUUUUUACGCUGAUUCAAUUUAAUUAAGAUUUUUUAUUUCAAUUAAUAAAUCAAUAAAUAAUUUUUUUUUCAAAAUAUUUUAUAAUUAAAGCGUAAUUUAUAUAAAUACGUAGAUUCCAUGUAGAAAAUAUUCGUUGUAAAAAAUUUCGAUAUGAGGAAUUUCUUAAUUUGAGACAGAUGAGAACUUUUGUAAUUUUGAAAGUAAAAAAAAAGUUUAUUUAGAAUUUUGUAUGAGUGAAUUU